UGUGAAGCUUAGGUACAAAACAACGGACAGAAACGUUCCUGUACACCGUUAAUCUCUUAACAACGGAAGUAAACAACAUAUUAAACCGGUGUACAGGUAAAGGUAUUUAAUUAAAGGUAAAUAAGCAGGAUGGCAGCACCACUACCAAAGCCACACUACUCAACCCCAUAUAACAACUACCUGUCUGGAGACGGGAAGUCACUUGUAUACGAGGGACCUGGAUAUUAUGUCCCUUCUGAGAGAGGGCGCUGGAUUCAGUACAGUGAUUACAGAUCGUUGCCACGUGAGGCUAGGAGAGAUGCCAUUGACAUGCAAUCAGAGGACCAGUUUGUAAAUUUCAUGAGGCAAAGAGACACGCCCUCAGGCUACUACCAUAAAAAUAUUGGGUUAAAGCAGAGUGGUGUCCCAGCUUUGCGUCUUGCUGGCUACACUAGACAACUUCCGUCUAUGCCAUCAAAAGACAUAUUCCAGAACCCCUGGCCCAAGUCGGAUGCCUGGGUACCGAUAAAGAGAGAAGGGCGUGGCGAGUAUUAUGGGUACUAUCAUGAAGCUAUAGAUGGGGAGCGAGACAGAAGGCGCAAGGAGUUCCCAACUAGCUGGAGAAUUGAGCCCAGAGAUGUGCCAAAACUCUAAUAGCAAACUUUCUCUUUAGACUAUCAAAAAUUUUGUUAUAGUUUUUUAAAUCCUGCAUAAUUUUUUUUUCCAGAAUACAAUAGAAAUGAACCAUUCAAAACAAAAUGGCUCUAGAUUUAUGUUAAUCCUCAUAAGAGCAUUCAGAAAAUACUUAAAUAGUUAAAAUAUUGACUAGUGAACACAUAAAGUAAUGCUUGCAUACGACUAUUAAUUUACUAUCCUAGUACAAAUUACCCGUGUUCAAAAAAAGAGAGCAUUAUUUGCCCUUUUUUCGUUAGCUACAGGGUAUAUGCAGCGUGGCAAAAAUAGUAAAUGCAUUACACCAUGUAGCGCAUUACAUACACUGCAAUUAUUUAAACAUAAGUGGAAACUCUUGGUGAUUUUAUUUUUAAACUUUGUUCACUAAUCUGGAGGCGUGUAAGCUUUAAGACGCACAAUAAUAAUAAAAGUGCUAUAUUUUCAUAUGGAAAGAUUAUAUUAAUCUUCUCUAUCAACCUGGUCAUGAUUAUCAAAACAUAAAAAGACGACACAUUAUCUUUUUUUAGCAACAUAUUCAACAUGAAAGACCUGUAACUAAAAUGACAGGAAUUAAAGUUAUGGAACUAUACUUAAACAAAAAAGAAACUUUCUCCAAGUUUGAAUGUAGAUAUGUUAGUACAGUUUUUCAAAUCUUUCGAAACUCGAUUUUUACGUUGAAUAAUUAUAUCGGGCUUUUAUACGGGGAUUAGCUGACCGAUUUUGCAAACAAAACGAGUUUUACAAGCUACUACAUGUAUAUAAGAGUGUACAUCUAAGUGGUACCCUUGAACAACUGGCACAUACUUUGCGAAAGUUUCUUUUUUGGUUCAGUAUAUAUACCAAUAUAAUUCGCUGCCAUAUAAAACCUUGUUUUAUAAAACCUUCUUAUAUUUUCUGACUUAUUAGCAAGUCUUAUGUGACUCUAAAUUAAAUUAAUCAAUAUUUUUAUUACUACAGUAUUAUUCACAUUGAUUCAGUAUUUGAUUUUCACAAUAUUUGUUUAUAGUAGAAUUAUUGAAAUAACAUAUAUUUAAUAUUUUUUUAUAUUUUUUAUUAUAUCUUUGUACUUUUUCUACAACAAAAUUUUAUGUCUAUUAUUUCUAUUUAUAAAUUGUUCAUUGUUUUUAAUUGAAAAAAUAUAAACUUUAAAAAAAAACAAAAAAAAACUUUUUUUCAUUAUAAAGUAGAUAAAGAGUCAUCAUUACAAUUAUAAUACACACAAAAGAUUAUGUUUUACAAACAACAAUUUUAAGACUAUUUGAAAGCUUAAAAAGGUCUUUGAAAAAAGUCACAAAAUGGAAACUUUUUUUUCCAACAUACAAUCAAUUCUGAUUGUUUAGACAAACUACCUACCGUUAUUAACUGUAAACAGAAGACCAGAAUUAUACUGGUUCCUUUAUACCAGAAUUGUAGAUCAUUUUAAACGGGUUGCUGUUUAAGCUGAAUCUGUUUCAGAUUUUAUUAAGCAAUAAGUUAAAUAUACAGAACUGAAUUCAAAGAGCAGUUGCAUUCCUAGUUUUCAGUUGUUUUAUAACUGUUAUAUUUAUCUAAACUUUUAUUUCUAUAAUGUUAUGUUUUAAGCUCACUUGUUGUUUUAGUUGUUGGGGUAUUUGUUUGCUUUGUUCACAAUAAACUUACAGUGCUAAAUU